GCUCUGUAUAUGUACUCCAUACAUGGUUCUUGGAUAAUUAGUUGGAAAGGAAGCAUCUGAAGGAGUCAAGAGUCAAGUUCCUUCCUUGGUUUACCAGAAACCUCCUCAUAGCAUUUUCACCAGUUUUCGAUUCUCACAUUGAUCCGCAAAUUUUGAUCUUCUUGUAUAUUUUAGAUGCCAUGGCGAGUACCUUGAUUGAUAAGUACGUCAAGAGGAAAAGACUUGAUCCACUUGAAGCAUAUGUACCACCAGUUAUUCUAGCUCAGCUACAGUUUCAAGAUCUUGAGAAAAUUUUGAGCGUGGACAAGCCUGAAUUCGAGGCGUGUAGAUCGGUACUCAGGUCUGGACCUGCUAGUUCCUUGCGUGUAAACAUUCGAGCCGUUGCUCAGUACGCUUCAGAUGCUGGUUAUUCCCAAACCGCGUCUAAUGACGUUGAUCGCUGCCUCAGAGCAUUGGAAGAAAUGGAUUCGCUGUUUCUACGUGCGUCGAGGAAGGACCCAAACGCAACUGUUGAAUUGAUGAAGUCGCAGCUUGGAACAGCGUUAACAGCACUAGACAGCCUUUUACAAACAGUUCCUUCUGAAGUUCUUGAUAAAGGGAAAGCUAUGGUUGAAGUGUACAGAUCACCAUUCGAAGAAGACAAUGCUUCAGACUCCGCUGAGAUACAGCAGCUCCAGUCAAUACUGUGAGCAACGGACUUUUACUAUCCAGACACAGUUCUGAUUCCCUGUAUCUAUGAGAUCCUAUAUUGUUAACCUGAAUUGGAGUAUAACAUUGCAUAUACUAAAACCUGAACAGUGGGCUGCUAAUGUAAGAAAACGUUUCACCAAAUUGUGGUUGCUUAGUCCCAAGUAUUCAGCUUGUAUCACGUUUUAACACUGUUAUUGAAUUUGAAUUAUGUCUAAUAUGAAAAUAUUUCAGGUCUUCUAAUGAA